UAGGUCGUGCCAAAUCCGUUGAUUAGGGCGAGAGCAACGCUUAGCAGAGCACAGAAGGGACAACCACUGCCAAAGACUCAGCUGUAAUAACCAUUUUCACAAUGCGACUUGUGCUUCUCUUGUUGUCCUUUGCUCUCUCCUCAAGAGCUGAGCUGGAAAUGAAAGUGACCCCAAAGGUCAUUGAGCCAGACUUCACAACGUCUUUCACUCUCAACUGCGCCCUGCUCGAGAAUGAGGAUGCCAAAGUGGUAUCUCUUUCUAUUGUGAGACGUACAAAUGCCCUGGGCAAUCUUCAAACCGGAGCGUCUGAGCGUAUUGCUACCCUGAUCUCGCUCACCCCAACCACACCCACCCUGUACCCUGGUUUUGAACUGCUCACAACGAUUGGUCAGAUUACAUCUUUCGAGACUGAACUGGGCUCCUAUUUGAAGUUGGUCUGGCCAUCUCCUUCCAUAGACGAACUUGGACUGUACACGUGUGAGGCAGUAGUCAUCGGAGCCAACGGGCAGCUGGCCACUCUUGUUGCCCAAGCCAGAGUUACAACUGCAGACCCUGUAACAGAUCGCCUGCUGGUAUCACUAGACAAGCUUGAGAAGUCCAUGUUGGACAUUAACAGCACCGUGGUGGAACUGCAAGGGAGGGUGGAUAAUAUCACAGCAGAACAACAGCUGCUGAAAGAGGAGGCAGCCGCCGCCACAACCGUGCCCUCUUUCUUCGAAGAGGGAACAACCCUGGACCUAACCACAGAGGACCCUACACUAUCAACCCUCAACCCCCGAGACGAGUACCUGUUCAGACUCGCAUCCGUUGUGGAGUCGUUGGGCUCCAAAAUGGACGCCUUCAACGCUUCUAUCGGAACCCUGGAGCAAAAGCUUACCAAGCUGGAGACAGAGCCAGAAAUUCAAAAUGCGACAGUGGCAGAAGAUGGCCCCGACCACAUCAUCAAUUUCUUCUUCCUCGGGAACUCCACCUACUUCCUCAUUACCCGAGAGAACAGACCCUACAGCACCUACUAUGCCCAGGCUACAUGUGAGAAGGAGAACCUUGCGCUUGUGGAGAUACAGAAUCAAGAUGAGUUGAAUGGAAUCGAAGAGAACAUUGCUCCCCUUGUAAAGGACAAUGGACUCGUCCUUGUGAGUGGUCGCAGGAGCGCCGGACGCACCGACUGGUUCUGGCAGGGGACCGGGGACGAGGUAACUUUCUUCAACUGGGCAACCACGGAGCCAGCUGAGGAAAAUGGCGCACGUUGCUUGGCCUUGACCAAAACUCCAAGUCUGAAGAUGACCGCGGUCAAUUGCGGCACAUCCGUGCCAAACACCUACUUCUUGUGCGAGGACCAGAACUGAUAGGAUCAGAGACCGGCCAAUCACAGAUCGAAGCAUUUUAUUCUUAAACGCGUAGUCAUGUCUACUUUCCCCAUAGUAUGCUCAAGUGUGAAAGUAUUUAAUAAUAUCCUGUAAAGCAAGACGUCUUUUACACAUUUUUAUUAUGUUUACAGAAAAAACAACUAAACGUAAAUACAUGUAGUACCUAAUUAUGUUCUUGGGUUCAUCAUUUUUUAAUAUAACAAUUUGGGCAUUUUGUUUCAUAUUCUCAUAUUUUUUGGGGAUCAUAUUCAUUAUUCAUGAGCUGAUCGCAGAAGCAAACUACACAGACUGACAUCAUAGCGCUGAAAAUAAAUUCCACUGUGAAGUCAAAAUACGCAGCUGGUUGGUUGAGAACCAUUGAUGUGUACAUGUUAUAAUAAACUAAAAACGUUCAGAGAGUUAUUCAAACGUUUGUAUAUUAUGUUAUGAUAAAUUACAGACAUUCAGAGGCUAUUGAAAUAUCUGUACAUAUUAUAAUAAACUAAAGACAUUAGGAGAUUAUUCAUGUAUCUGUACAAGCAAUAAAUGAUAGACAAAAGACUAAAA